UCACGAUGGCCAGGGCUUAUUGACGCAUGUGACGGGGGUGGUCUGGUCUGUUCUAGUUUCCCAGCCGGGGACCAGGGACGAACUUGUGCCGUGACGCCAUGUCUUGUCCUUUCUUCUUUUUCCCUUGUGCUUGUGCUUGCAGGUAAGAGUGGAUGGAUGGGAUGGACGCCUUGUCAGGCUCUCAGGCCGGCGCAUGUCACCGGACGGGGUCACUGCGAACGGGCUUGUAUCCUAGCCAAAGCAUCCAAUUCUCAUGGUGUAAUAGCCCGUCUUUUUGCCUUGCCAUGGGUGUACGAGUACAUAGUUUCUUCGAGAAGGUCAUGGAAAGAAAAAGAGGGCGAGAGCAACAAGCAAAAAAAAGAUGGAGGGGGGGCCGAAUUAUGCCCAACCAGCCAGGGGGGGUAGUCUGUUUCGGCUUGGAGUUUUCUAGUUCGUCUUGCAUUGAAAGAAAAGUAUUCUAUGCCAUCAUCAUGCUGUGUCGCUCCUCUGCUAGUGAGGGGAGCGAAAGUACUCGUAGAAAAAAAACCCGCAAGAAAUGUGAUUAGUAUCGAGGCAUAGACCGUUUUAGCUCGCUGCACUAUUGCGUCAGGAAGAUGCCAGGC